AUGGGUAAUGUUAGUAGCAGACCAGAUGAUGGCGCGCCAUUGUACUUGAGGGAUCAAACUCGCUUAACUAUAUCGUCCUUGUCAAUCACCAAUCAGCGAAGGAAAACACUCUUAAACAUUGUUCCAAACGGCUUUCCAGCAACAAGAGUAUCUGCGAUUCGCGACCUUGGAGAUAGUGCUGUGGUGGAAUAUGUCCAGGACCCUGAUACACUUCCUGGCGCCGCUCCCAAUUUCCUCAUCAAAAUCAAUAACGAAGAAGAACUUACCUUCAACUUCACAUUCAUUAUUCGACAAUCGCAAGGAUUUCUUCCUGCAACGAAUGGCGCAAAAGAUGUGGUCGGAUUGAUAGAUUCAGUUAUAAAUGGACUUACAUAUGUAUCCGCCUCGACGGCGCGAGAAGUAGAGAAUCUAGUCACUCGAGAAUUUCAUGCCGAUCCGAAUUUGCACAAGAAUGCCAAUGUACAAUUGGUUGGGGAUUAUUCUACUGGAGGCAGUCAAUCAGUGUCGUUCGAAUGGUCUUGGAAAUGGAGACCUCCAAAGCCAACAGAGGACCGCGGGGGUGGUUGGAGAAAUAAUUGUAGUUUUCUCGAAUAUGAUCAACGAGCGCAUCGAUUGAAUACACUGGCUAGCUUCUCAUUCUGGGUUUCAAAUUCACAACCGUUAAGUAUGCCAGGCUCGCCAUCUCCCCCAUUCCAUCUUGUUCCACCCCCAAAAUUGCGACUUCCCUCUUCUCAAUCCCUCGAUUCUCGUGUGAGCGGACAAGAACCUUCCUACGAAGAUGCACCACCGUCGCCAAAUCCCCUUAACCUCGAUCUGGUUGUUCCUCAAAGUCAAAUGGCGGAUGUACCCAAGGUUGAUGUUUCUUGUCAACGCCCGGGUGAAGAUAUGAGCGCCACCGAAGAUGGGCCGUUAUUCAGAGCUACCAUGAAAGCAUUAGAGCAGAAAACUGGAAAUAUGCGCACACGGAUGAAGAAGGUUCUCAGAAAGGCAGAAGCUGCGCAAAUUGCUCAGAUGCAAUGCAACGAUGCCAUUGGAGGAUUUAUGGAAGCGCUUCGAGAAGCAUCUAAUUCGAAUGCAAACGCAGUUCAGCCCGCUUUGGACCAUUACUUUGAUAAGAUUGCGCGGGAGAUUUUACAGUAUGAGAGGCAGAAUGCUCUCAAUCUCGAGAAAGUCAUUAUAGAGCCACUUGCAAAAUUAUAUACCCUCGAUAUCAAACAAGCUGAAUCAAAGAAACGAGACUUCGAGGAAGAAAGUAAAGAUUAUUAUGCAUAUGUCUCAAGAUACUUGGGUCAACGUCAAGAUUCCCUCAAACAGAAAAAGCGCGUUGAGAGCGAUACAAAAUACCAAACGAAACGUCGGAAUUUCGAGCUGAAGCGUUUCGAUUAUUCUUCAUUCAUGCAGGAUCUUCAUGGGGGGCGAAAAGAACAAGAAGUUUUGUCACACUUGACUAAGUAUGCAGAUGCUCAGACAAGGAGUUAUCUCGCAGCAGCCAAGAAGGUGGAACAAAUGCUUCCACAGUUAGAAGCAUUGAGUGCAGAAGUGCAGGAUGCAGACAAAGAAUUUCAAUACCAGAGGACUGAACGUGAAGAAAAACGGCGCAAUCUCGAGAAGAGUACUAUUACAUAUGUGGAACCUGAGACAGUUCCUGCAGUCCCAGUUGAACCCAUCGUACCUGGAACCUCGAGUUCAGGGAAUGGCGCAUAUACAUCAGAUUCUGAGCUCAACAGAGCGGAUAGCACUGGGCAUCAGCUGAGACCGGUGCCGACAAAUAGUACAAUUGCUACAGUCAACAAUGGUGGCACGACGGAGUUUUCUAGAUCUCCCGGUAGCCUCUCGUCUACAGUGGGAGGACAAGUAGGAAGCCCGGGCGCAAAUCCUCGGUUUCGUGGCAUACGUGACCUCGAAGAAAAAGAUCACAGUCAAAUCACGGCGAGUGAGAAGUUGGGCACGCAGCGUAAAGAGGGUCUUCUCUGGGCUCUGAGCAGGCCUGGUAGCCAUGUAGAUCCAAGGGGCCUAAAUAAGCAAGCUUGGCACAAAUUUUGGAUUGUACUUGAUGCCGGUAAACUCUCUGAGUAUAGUAAUUGGAAGCAGCGACUAGACCUACACAUGGAGCCCAUAGAUUUACGUAUGGCAUCUGUUCGUGAGGCUCGCGAUGCCGAGCGCCGUUUUUGUUUUGAGGUCAUAACACCUCAUUAUAAGAGAGUAUAUCAAGCAACAUCGGAAGACGAUAUGAAGAAUUGGAUUUCCGCUAUCAAUAAUGCGCUUCAGAGUGCGGUUGAGGGUAGAGGUAUGAAAGAUUACCCAGCCUUGGCGCCUCAGCCUGAGCCUCAUUCGAUCCGAAGAGAUAUUGGUUCGAUAUUGACAGGAAAGAGUUCUUCGAUGAACCACGGUCAUUCUUCAAACCAUACUAAUGUCUCUAGCACAAACAAUGUGUUUAGAAGAACGACUGUUGGUGCAAGACCUGCGUAUGGCCGUUCGAGUAGCAGUAGCUUUGAUGAAAGCCCAGAUAAACUAUUACAGCUUCUACGAGAAACGGAUCAAGGAAACUGCUGGUGUGCAGAUUGUGGAUCUGGAAUCAAAACAGAGUGGGUGUCGAUCAACUUAGCCAUCAUUCUUUGUAUCGAAUGCAGUGGUAUUCACCGCUCCCUUGGGACACAUAUCAGCAAAGUACGCUCCUUAACUCUCGAUAUCAAUUCAUUUACCACGGACAUUGUUGAGUUACUUUUAUUGGUUGGCAAUCGUGUCUCCAACAUGGUCUGGGAAGCUAGACUUGAUCUAGCUACAAAACCCGCGCCACAAGCUACACGCGAGCAAAGAUUGAAAUUUAUCACGGCCAAGUAUGUUGACCGAGCCUUCGUGGAACCAAUUUCAUCCACCCUCUCACGAUAUGCUACAGCAGAUGAGACCCUUCUUGCCGCAGUCAAGAAGAACGAUGUCCAACAGGUGAUAUAUGCCUUGGCGCUCAAGGCAAAUCCUAAUGUCACGGAUAAGUCUCGUGGAACUCAUUCAGUAUUUUUGGCUCUCGCUGCUGCUGAUCCAGCAUCUCCAGCACAAAUUACGUCUUCCACGCGAGUUGAGCCUCCUGCAAAGAUUGUGCCAUUCCCAAUUGCAGAAAUGCUCAUACAGCAUGGGGCUGAGAUCCCAACCUCUCUACCCGCAUUUCCGUUAAGUCGAAGCGCAACGCUGUACAUCGAACAAAAGACGCAACGUGCAGGAGGCACCAGUGAUACUUUAGGGGCCUUGCCAACCACAAUGACCCCACAGGACAAGCUCAAGGAGCGGGAGGCGAGGUUGCAGAAACGUGUUAGUGCUGGCGGACGAUUAGCUAAAACGCCCAUCCAGGAACGUUCAUGA